AUGGCGUUCAGCAGGAGUCUUCUCUUGAUUCUUCUCGUUGGCCUCGUGCUAUUCACGUGCCGUGCACAUGCCUUUGGUGCUGGAAAUAUUGCUUCAAUCUCUGCCGUGGAAGGCAAAAAUUGGCGCCAUGGAGAUAUUGAAGAUGUGCUGAAGACAGUGGCAUGCAUCAAACAUCAUAAGUGGAACUCUAUGAUGAUCAAACGUGUAUACUUCGGAAACUGGUUGAGAGAUUAUAGUCAAGCCAUGGACACUGGCGCGCUCAAAAAAGCCCAACCAGAGACGAUCCGUAUUCUAGUUUGGCUAUUGUCUUUCCUUGGCUUUGGUUACGCCACGGCUGAGUUUGAAGUUACCUCCGAGCGACUUGGUGUUUAUCGACCCGAGGAACACAUUGACAACCCCAAGGACUACAACGACAACGAGGAUGCUCGCCAAUUUGACAAGCGCCUUCGAGGUCCUGUUCGUGAUGUGGAGCUACAGAUCGACAUGGAGACUGGGAUGAAGAAUUACAUUGCCAAUGGCAAAGGAGAUUGGGCUACGAGCGCUGCGUUUGUCAAGUACAGUUUCGAGCAAAGUAUUCAUCAUGGCCGACAAUAUGUAAACGGCCAUGGCAUCUUCAAAGGCAAGGAUGAAGAACUAGCCGAGGCAUUGAGAUACUUUGGUCAGGGUCUGCAUACUCUGGAGGAUUUUGGCGCCCAUACAAACUAUGUCGAGCUCGUACUGAGAGAGAUGGGCUUUCACAACGUCUUCCCCCAUGUUGGUACUUCGACUGGGAUAACUCUGCACGGCAAGCAUGUCUUCCCACUUGUCACAGGAACAUUUGGCAUGGUCGAUUUCUACCAUUCGGUUUUGGGCGAAGCGACUGAUCAUUUCACACAGAGCGAGGUCAAUGAGAUGGACAAUGCUCUCGGGACUGCGCAGCAAGCUGCAAAUUCUUCAAAUCCUCUCUUUACUCUGGUCAAGCUCUUGUCUAAGGUUCCAGGAACAAAAGAACUGUGUGAUGAAGCUGAACAACUCCAAGCAAGCUCUCAAGCCCAAGCUCGUGCCAAUGAACAAGGCUUUGGUGGAGCGCAGUCUGGUUACAGAAGUGUUGACAAUUUUGGCGGUUCGACACGUGGAUUUGACGAUUGGGAAACAAGCCGCGCUUCUCAUGCUGGAUUUCCCGGUCAACAAGGGUAUGAAAACAAUUGGAAUGCGUCACAGCAAGGUUACACGCAGCCUCCGCAGAACUGGGGUCAGACCCAGCAUCAGCAGUGGACAGAUCCGUCGCAGCAAGAAUUCAAUCCGCACGGUCAGUAUCCCGGCGGACAACACAACUGGCAACAGUCUCAGCAAGCUCCGCAACCAUCUUGGGGCCAGCAUCAACAACCUCAACAUGUACAAGAUCAACAAUGGAACCAACCUCAGGCACAGCCUGGCCAGCAUGCUACUCCUUCUCAAGCUUCUCACCAACAGUCAUCCGCCCCGGCCGGUCUCCCCGGGAUGCCCAACUUUGAUCCAGCCAAGACGAUUGCUCAGAUUUAUCCUAUCCUCGCAUUCCGUGACAAGGUUGUCCGCUCUAUCAGUGCCAUCAUUGAAAAGAUUCCUGGGCUCGAGGCUCUUGUCGAGCGAAUCACUGAAACACUGACCGUCUUCAUUCUUUCCCUGCUUGCUCCAUUUGUUCGACCAGUCAUCAACGCUAUCUCAAAGUCUCUCCAGACUGGCAGUGAAGGAGUCAUCAGUUCUUCAGGUAAACACCAAUACGAGGUCUGGACCAACCCUCACUCCUCCGAUCCGACCCACAGUAUGCUAUCAAAGGACCAUUUUAGUAACCUCCUCAACGAACCUGCCGGUAAUGUGGCUGCCGAGAUCGUCAAGUUCAUCGCACCCAGAGUCUUGUAUGCUUGGGAAAAUCCCAAUGUUCCCAUCGAACAGGUCAUGCGGGAUGUGGAAUCAAUCUUCCACCAUCCCGCAAUCCGCAACCAGCAUAACGAAAUCCAUCGGAACAUGUUUGCCGCGGUCAAAAACUGGGUAGAUGGAAUGCCUGAUAGAGGACGAAGCCUUGAAGGUGUGUUGAAUGCAGAAGCGGUCCGGGCAGGCAAGAAUCACAAGGCUGGCGUGAAUCCACAUUUGCAAAGUUCCUACACACCCCAACACCAACAACCGCAGCAACAACAACACAGUCAUGGAGGCGGGUUGGGGGGAUUCGCCAGCAGUUUCUUGCCAGGCAAUAACCAGCAACAUGGGGGUGGCGGUAGUAGCAAUCCUUUGGGUAUGGUGGGAAAUGUCCUGGGGAGUUUCACUGGCCAAGGAGGACAACACCAGCAGGGAAGACACAGUGGAUCCAGUGGCGGAGGAUUAGACGGAGUGCUCUCUCUGGCUUCGAAGAUGCAUGUUCCCGGAGCUUCGAAUGUUCAGAAAUACGGCAAACUCCUCGGUUCAUUUGGAGGAGGAGGAGGAGGGGGCAAGAGAGAAAUCGAUCCAGACGGUGAUGAUGAUGACGCCGGUGCAGACCAAUACCGAGCAUUCAGAAGCGAAGCUGGUGGUGCUUCAGAUCUGUACGAGGCGGCCGCCAAUGCCACACGAUAUGGAGGAGACAACGUGCAUACACCUAGUCCCAUGCCCCAAGUUCCUGCGGGUUACGAGCAAUACGGCGGUCAGGGAGAAACUGAAUAUGGAUAUGGAUACGGUCAAGAGCAACAAGGUUAUCAACAAUACCAGAGCAACUAUCAGCAACCACAUCAGUAUGGGGGUGGUGGUGGUGGUGGAGGUGAGAGUCAAGGAUAUUAUGGUGGUCGUUGA